AUGAGCCCUCAAAAACGCGCGCGAUCUGACGAAAACUCACCCCCCACGCCUGUUGCUACACCUCGGAGGUCACAGCGGAGAGAUACACCCACCCCCACACCCAGGAACUUGCACGGCUUUCAGAUCAUUGAUGGUCUCACACCUGUCCCAAACCUGAAGCGGCGUCGCGUUUUUACUGCCGAGGAGCUUGUCAAUCACGAAGUUGAGCGGACUAGGGCUCAGAGGGAACAUGCUGAAAGGCAGAGGGAGCAGGAGGUAGAACAAGUGAGAAGGGAGGAGCAGCAGAAAGUUGCCGCUCUUGAUCGAGCGAUGGAGGGGAUCAAGGCAGCUGGCUUUUCAACAUUCUUUGACUUUCUUCAAGCAUCCCUGACCACAUCUGAUCCUAAUCGGUCAUCACAGGUCACACGCACACUUGCUGGAGCACACGGCACGAAAAUUUUGAAUCUCAUACAAAAACGACAACCUGACAUCUGCGUGGAUUGGUCAAUCAGCAAUACCCGCACACUUAUAGCUGCUGAAUCGAAGAAGCUUGCUCACUAUUUCCAGCCUGAAAGGAGCAUGUCUGUUGCAGAAAUCCUCUCCCAGUUCUCACUUGAGCGGAUACUUUUAGAUGCCUCGAUCUUCGCCACGACAUUAUGCAUGCUUGCCAAAUCGCAAAAUGAGCAUGCGACGGAGUACCAGACGACGAUGUGCAUGUAUUUUCUUGCAUGUGGCACAUCUCAUUCUCUCUUUGAUGUUCUCAACCAUGCUGGGGUUACCCUUUCAUAUACUCAGGCUGUUUCAAAGCUCAGGAAACUCGGUGCAGAGCGACUUGUUAGCAUGCUUGCUCUGUGGCUGUGGCACAUUGAAGAUAUUUUAUAUGACGCUUUUCCUCUGCUCCGCAAGCGACUCAACACGGAUAUUAGACCUGCACCCAACAUCCUUCAAAUCCCACUCCACAAAACUGAACAGUACCCUCUUCCUGCAAUGCAUAUUGAUGAAUCAAGCCUCAACGGAACACUUUCAGUCCUUGACACUAUUAUCCGUGGCUCGCUGAAGCUCACGGAGGACGAUAUAAAAUGGCAUGGUAUAUUUAUUUGUGCUGGUGACCAGCUAUCUAUUUCACUGUCGGACAAGGCGUCCUCGGGCCGUCGUGAUGAUACUGAUCUUAUGGAUAAUGUGGGGCACUAUACCCAAUCUCAAGACGGAAUUCUUCACAUGAAAAUGGCAGGCGAUCGUAUGGUUACUAAUGAGUACUGGGGCAAACCGAACAGAUGCAAGGCCAUGGUAGCUGGUUGGAAAGCGAAGUCAUUGCCCCCAUUCCGACCAUCAUGGGAACUAAUUCUUACUAUGGCACUACCCGCAAAUAUUCUUGACGGCUUUCGUAUCUAUUGCCCAAAGGACUCGCUUGAGGAUUGGGUAAAUGACAUUCGUACAGUUGACGAAGUCCACCAUGUUGCCCAAAAGGUGCUUGUUGAACUUUGUUCUGCGCGGCGAGUUCAACAUCUGCGUUGUGCAACCCCCAUCAAACGUGACCUCCCUCUCGAAAACAUUUGUCUGUUCAAUCGGGAUGCCCUAUAUCUCCGUCAACUCAAGUAUGCGGUCAAACGAGGAGAUGUUGGUGCAGUUCUUGACAUCACUACUCACUGGAUGCUAAUGUUUCGGGGGACGGGUAAAAUGCCAAAGUACGCAGAUGCACUUUUUCACCUUAUUAUCGAUUUAAAGAUGAUGGAUCCUCGACUUCGAAAUGCAUGGCUAAUGAAUUGGUUGGCAAAUCUCACUGGAAAAGCAAAUGGGUUCAAAGAAAUGGAUCUCCUCCAAGAACAUCAAAACUUUUGGGCAAAGAUUAUUUACAAUGCAAAAGGAUCCAAUCGAAGCUGGGCUUGGCUGGCAAUGAUUUCUGUCUCGAUCUUCGCAUUAUGCGACGUGAUUCGCAAGGUCCAGUCCGAGUAUCAAACACCUUUCAACAGCAUCUCCCAUACCAGUCCAUCUGCUGAAACCGAUAUCAAGACCCUACGCAAUUACCUUGAACAACAAAAAUUGCAAACAUACUUCCCUGGACAUGAAAAUAAUCAGCAUGCCAUGGAAGCCCGCGACCUUAUGUCUGUUGGUGCUGAGUAUGCGAACAAGCCUGGUGCAUUCAAGAAUUUUACCUAUAUGAAGUACAAGAUGACUAACAAUGGGUUGUCGGAAGGGGCCCCAGCUGCAGAGGAUAUUGGAGAGGAUGAUGCAAUGCUGGUUGACGAAGAGGAAGUGGCUGACUUUGAUUUAGGCUCCAAUCCGGCACUGGAAGUGGAUGACUUGGUACUUGAUGACGAUGAAUACCCACUUGGAACCGAUAUCAAUGACUAUAUUGCACGGACACGAGAAAUUAUCGAAGAGCUUUCUCACUUUGAGUAA